CAUCUGCAAAACUAUGACAUGAACUGCUGCAAUUGGCCAUCAGCUUGUAAGCUGUCUAUUAUUGGUCAACCAAAGAGCAGGAAAAGCUGUACGAAUGUAGGUGGGCAUUAAAACAACGCCUACGAAAGUGGGGCCACGAUUGAUCAUGAAGGAUUAGAGUUUAUUUAGUCUGCAUGUUUAUUGGAAAUUAGACAUCGCUGAUCGACCUCACCGCACCGGUUUGUCACUGGAUCAUUCAUACAAGUAUGUCACCAGUGGUGGAGACAGAGGACACUGCUCUAAGGCAGUGUCUUCAGGCUAGGAUGCAGCUGGAGGAGGCCAUAGCUGGAGUGAUAAAGGCUGAGGCCCAGCUCAAAGGGAACUCAAGAGAGGUAAAGUCCCAGCUGCACAGCUGUAUCAGUCGGCACCUGGAGACGCUGCGCUCUCGGGAGGUUUGGCUGCUUGAGCACAUUGACCUACUGGAACAGCUGAAAGGAGAAGCUCUACAGCAGCAGCUAGAGCAGCUUCACUGGCUCCGGGGUCAGUUUGACAUUCUCAUUCAUCAGCUCCAGAAUUCCAGCAGCAACGCCCUUGCUAACCAGCUCACUGUCUGCAUGGAGAAGCUUUCUGAUUUGAAUCUGAGUCCUGAGGAAACACCAGAGAUGAGUUUUGAAGCAGACACUUGCUCCUUGCGCCAAGCUAUUACAUCUUUUGGGACUAUUUCCACCCAGCAGUUAGUGAAGAGCUCUUCCUCAAGCCUAACUAAUCAAAACUUGAGCACUUCAGAGAAAUCCUGGCUUCUACAGAACUGCCCUGUUGCUACCAAAAUAGAGAAGCUGGACUCAGAAUGGGCUGAAUGGCUUAUUUGCAAUCAACCUGUUACCAGCACUCCAGUUGAAUAUCAGUUUAUGAAAGACCUUCAGGAUUGGCUUGUGGUCCCUAAAGAAAAAACCCAGGUGUAUCGCCCAACUGUCUCCUUCGAUUUCCAGAAUGCCUGGGGUCAACUCAAAGAUCUUGAGGUUUGGCUUGUAAAGGAGAAGUUGCCUACACGUGAGAGAACCAGCAGCAAUGCCAGCAGCAGUAGCUCAGCAUUUUCGAUUGAGAAGAUUGAAGAGAGUGACUUUCUGGAUGAGGAGGAAGAGGAGAAGGUUGAAAUGGAUACCGAAGAGAAAACUGAGGAUGGAGACUGGUUCGUCACUCCCAAAUUCAGCAAGUCUGCAGAGGCCAGCCAUGCUUCAUUUGCAGAACAAUAUAAGCAGAUGUUUAAACCCUUCCAAGAAAGCUUUCUUCCAAGUGAAUGGCUCCCCAAAUCAGACUGCGGCUCAUGCUGCGCUUCACGCACAAAAUCUGUAGAGAUCGAGAACCUGGGCAAGCUCAAGUGCCUGAAAACUCCAUCAGCACCUGCCACCCCUGUAACCCCUAAUCCUUUGGAGGUGUGGCUCCAGCAGGCCAUUCCUAUAGAAAGCAGCUGCAAAGCCAAUGAGACCUGUGCCAGCUUUGCUCAGUGUGUUUGCGAUACCAACUGUGGGAAGGAAGCUCUGAGUUCCUGGCUACUUAAGAAGGAGGGCAGAGACAAAAAUGGCAUGCCAUUUGACAAAAACAGCAGCAGCAAAUCGGCAGUCUUGCAGCACCAGGAAAAGCAGCAGAAGGUGCAGGCUAUUCUUGAAGCAUGGCUUCAUCCCAGCAAAAAAGCAGACGACUUAGCUCAUUCAUCACUCUCUGCCUGGGUGUCUCCAUGUAAAAUGGCAAAAAAAGAAAAAGCAGAUCCUGAAGAGCACAGCUCACACUUUAGCCUUAACACGAACCCCUUUUACAAACCCCUGCAGUCUGAGAGCUGGUUGGCGUCUGAAAAGAAGACACACACCGAGACAUCAAACCAGCACAACAAACCACAGCAAGCCAACACGGACACUGAAGAGGACAAGUGGCUUUUACGCAAGAGAGCUAAUGCACAGGACAGACUGAAUCUUCCCAGUGUAUGUGAUCUAUUUUCUUGUCUGAAGCUUGACAUGGAAAAGGAGAAUUGGCUACAUCAAUCACCUAUACAGAUGUAAAAACUAAGACUCAGUCACUUGGUGGACUCGCUGAAUUAACUGAUCAACGCACACAAUUUAAUUGCCUUAUUUCUGUAUGAUCUUUUUAUCUGUUCUCUCCGACUAAUUUAAUGAUUAAUAUUAAGAGUAUUACAAUACACAAACUCAUGACAUGUAUCUGUCAUAUGAUGCAAUGCUUUUUUCUGAUACAGAAGACAAACAGCAGCAGCAGCAGCAGCACAUCAGACAGUAAAACUAAUCGGUCUUUAAAAUAAAAUCAAGCAGCACGUUGUUCAUAAAAAUGUAUCAGCACAUGCCUGAUCAGACAAGCCAGCACUGGUUAGCAGUGCUCUAAGAUGUUAAGGUAGGCAAGAAGAUCUGAGUAUAUUGGGAGAAUUAUUGUAAAGUGUGUUUAUUAAUUCAGUAGUUCUACACAGCAUUCCAAUACAUCCUUAUGAAGUCAUGUCGACAAAACAAAGGCUGUAAUGCAAGAGCAGUGGUGUCAUUAUGGUUAACAUUCUGGACUACUGAAGAUCAAGGUUUUAUGCUUUGGUCACUGUUGACCUAUAAGCACACCAAUUAGCCUUGAAAUUGGGAAAUGUCUCACUAGUAUGCCGUUUUGGAUAAAUGCAUCUGUCAGAUGUGGAAAUGUAAAUGGAAUUUGGCUUAUAACAGUUUAAAUUGAUAGAGUAGCGUGGCAUGUUUGUAUCUGAAGGCUGUUAUUCCGUUUUAGCUCAUUGUUCUCUGUAUCGAGGAAGUCACAGGGAACCUACUGGCUGUAUUCCAUUCUUGGCAUGUGAUAUAUUUAGACUCUUGUAUCAGAAAAAAGCAGUGUCAAUGUGUAUUGCUACACCAUCGUUAAUAAUAGCUUGCCUAACACCAUGCUCUCAGGAUAUAAAAAGGCUUUUGCGAAAUAGCUAUUUUUACCAUGUGUCAAACCAAGUUCCUAAUACAUGAAAGUUCAUAAGAAUUCUCAACAUGCAGUGCCAUCUCAGAACAUAUUGAAAUUAGCAGUAUAUCAUUUAGCAACUUAUUAAAAUUGAUAGGGUGUGUGUUAAUAAUAAAGUAUAUUUUGUUUUUGGGGGCUAGAAGGGGAAGGGUUCUAAGUUUCAUUAAAAUGUUAGGGUAGGAAACAAGGUUGGAUUUUUAAAUUUUAGUGUAUUCAUUUGUGUAUUCCAUUCAUCAGCCUGAACAAAACCUCCAGCCAAACUUCUAUUAUCUUAAAGAAAGACAUUCACUUUAUGGUAGACAAACAUACAGCACAUUAUAUUACUGUUAUUAUAAAUCAUUAUUAUUUAAAACUGAAGCAAUAUUAUUUUAAAGUUCUUGAUUUAACAGCUGUGGAGGUCUGGACAUUUCUCAGUAUGUUGUAAAUACUGUCAGCUAAUACACACACACCUCAUGCUUUAUAAUCUGACAACUAUUCGCUUUACUUUCUGCUUCGCUAGCACGCUAGAGUGAAUGUAGAUGGUAGAUACAUGACUGAAGUAUGUAUAGGAGCUCAGAUUUAUCUGAAAUAAACAUAAGCCAAUAUUUAAAACUCAUGCGUAUUUACUUUUGAGUUUCAGCCCUCCAUGUCUGCAGGACCAAGAAUUAAGUGCAAUAUUAAGUAUUCAGUAAUUAGUGCAUUCACAUUUAGCAAUGUUUUAAAGUUCCCUUAUUAAUCCAGUUCUCUCAUCUUUUAUACACAAAUCUAAUAACAUGAGAUUUUUUUUUUAACAUUUACUGCUAACAUGCUUUGUCAUCUGCUGUGAUCCUUGUACCAAAUCUAAAUAAAUAUAUAUAUAAAAAUAGUAAAA